CGUAAAGAACCGAUCGCAGUUUCGAGCCCGGCGACGGGAAGCGCAAAGGGGAAAACGCCGUCGGAGAUGUUUUCGGCGCUAAAGCCCCGCCGAUGGGCUGCCUGUCUCUUCGUCUAUCCUUCUCGCGCUUUCUCCGCUAGCAACAGCUUUUACGCCUCCUCGAUGGCCACCGCUGAAACGGCUGGCGCGGAGACGGGGCUUUAUGGCUUCGAUGUCCUCAAGACACCCAAAGGCUUCCGUAGGUUUGUCGACGAGGCCAUCCAGAAAUCUGGGGAGCUCGUUACGUAUAUCUCUCGGCUACCGCCGUCGAUGGAGAUCAUCCGGGCAAUGGACGAGAUCUCUGAUACUGUAUGUUCGGUUAUUGAUUCUGCGGAGCUGUGCAGGAAUACUCAUCCUGACAGGGAAUACGUGGAGGAAGCAAACAAGGCAUCAAUGAGGAUAAAUGAAUAUCUUCAUUUCCUAAACACAAAUGGUAGUUUGUACACUGCAAUAGUGAAAGCUGAGAGUGAGCGUGUCUUGCAUACAGAAGAAGCUCAAAGAGCAGCACAUGCUUUGCGUGUUGACUUUGAAAAUGGUGGCAUUCAUCUUUCUGAUGAUAAACUACAGAGAGUUAAUCAAUUGAAUGUCGAGAUCGCUAGACUGGGCAAUAAGUUCAAUGAGAAUAUUAUGUUUGAUCCAGGUUUUGUGGAUAUAUUUCCAGCUUCACGCAUACCAAAGAACAUGCAAUAUCAUUUUGAUGCCAUAUAUCGGCCAAUCUCUACUGCAUCAAAUGAAAUUUCUAAAGUAGGAGAUACAAGAAGAGAAAAGGGUUAUAAGAUCCCUACAGAUUCAAGUACUUUAUCCUCAAUUUUGAAAUGGGUAUCAGAUGCUGAGGUCAGGAAGCAAGCAUACAUAAAGGGAAAUUCUACUCCACGUGCAAAUCUUAUUGUUCUUGAUAAGCUUAUAGGUGCUCGUCAUGAACUUGCACAGAUAAUGGGAUGCAAGUCUUAUGCUGAGUUUGCAAUUCGUCCAAACAUGGCUGCAUCACCUGAUGUUGCCAUGUCUUUCUUGCUUAACUUGAGCAAAAGUGUUAGAUGUAAAGCUGAUGAGGAGUUCAAUAUUAUCCGAGAGUUCAAGAGGCAAUAUCUAAAUCAAAGAGGUGCUGAUUUAGAGCCAUGGGAUGAGACAUUUUUUACGGGAAUGAUGAAAUCUUCUGCAUAUGGCUUAGAAUCAUCAGUCCUUUCAUCGUACUUCUCCUUAUCUGGGUGCCUUGAGGGCUUAAAAGUACUAGUUCAGGCAUUGUUUGGGGCAACAUUUUAUCAAGUUCCCAUGUCUUCUGGUGAAUCUUGGCAUCCAGACGUAGUGAAGCUAUCUCUUCAUCAUCGUCAGGAGGGUGAUUUGGGCUUCCUGUAUCUUGAUCUUUAUUCGAGAAAAGGCAAAUAUCCAGGUUGUGCUCAUUUUGCAGUUAGAGGAGGGCGCCGGGCUUCUGAGACAGAAUACCAGCUUCCUGUUGUUGCUUUAGUUUGCAAUUUCGUUGGUUCACCUCUAUCAUCAACUUCAAGGCUCAACCAUUUUGAUGUUGAGACACUUUUUCAUGAGUUUGGUCAUGCUCUUCAUUCUCUUCUUUCGAGAACGGAUUAUCAGCAUUUCUCAGGUACCAGAGUAGUUCUUGAUAUAGCUGAAAUACCUUCAAACCUUUUUGAGUACUAUGCUUGGGAUUACCGUGUUUUAAAGACAUUUGCUAGACAUGAAACAACUGGUGAUGCAAUACCAGAAAAGUUGGUGAAGGCAAUGAAUGAUUCACGGAAAAGAUUUUCUGCAACGGAGCUGCAGCGUCAGAUAUUUUAUUCAUUAAUUGAUCUAAAACUCUUUGGGGCACAAAACAAUGAUUCAAUGGAUACUGUAUCGAUGGUUGCUGACUUGAAACUACAGCACACCAGCUGGAACCAUGUUGAGGGAACUCAUUGGCACACCCGUUUUAGCCACCUUAUAAAUUAUGGUGCUGGUUAUUAUAGCUACCUAUAUGCAAGGUGUUUUGCGGCAACAAUAUGGUGGGAUACAUGCCAUGAGGACCCUUUGUCCCCCGACACUGGAACUGCCCUUAGAGAAAAAUUCCUUAAGCAUGGUGGAGCAAAAGAUCCUCUAAACUUGUUGAAGGAUUUCAUUGGUGAUGGCAUUUUGAGUUGCAAUGGUGGUAGCAUCCCUGAUGCAAGCAGCCUUUGUAGAGAAAUGGAUUUGUGAGAUUUUCUACUCCAUCAAGGCACCACGGAUGGUGGCAUAGGUAUCUUGAUAUCUGCUUCUAAUUCAACAUUACAAGAUUAUAGCAUUUUAUGAGAGCUAUGAACGAGCCUCUGCGGCCGCACCAUAUCUGCUAGUUUCAAAUGCAGGCAGAUACUAGUCUAAGUGUGUGGCGCUUGAGUAAACUGGUAGUUAGAACUUAAUUUCGAGAUUAAUGGUCGAAUCGGAACCAGCUUGCAACUGGGAAAUCAUUACUGCAUGUGAAGUGGUAUACAAUGCUCAAUGGCUAAUUUCAUCCUAUAUGAAGACUGAACCAUAUUUUUAUUGUCAAAAUAAACAUGAGGUUUUUUAAUA